UUGCAGAGGGGUGAUCUGGUCCUUCUGUCCUCCUUUCUCCCCUCUUCUUUCCUGAGGUGGUUUCUAUUCCACUUUUCUGUCUUUGGCUUCCGCCCAAUGUCUCACCAGUUGUUCUUUUCGUAUUCCUAUCUUUGAUCUUAAUGUUUUCUUUCAAACUUCACUCUUAACUGGAGCAGAUCUUACCAGAGUUUGGCUGUCCUCAUUACUUAUCCUCCUCUUCCUCAUUACGUUGUUCCUUUUGCCUUUGGAUCACUGGCUUCAAACCUUCGAACGACCAGAGAGUUACCAGCAAACCAAGAAGCAAGUAUGACAGAUAAACCGGGGAUGACGACGGGUGGUGGAGAUGAUGCCGGCAGCAUCAUGGCAUUGCUGGAACGAGUGGCGGGCCUCAUGGACAGCGUCCAGGUCACCCAGCAACGCAUGGAGGAGCGUCAGCUGGAGCUGGAGAACACGGUGAAAACUAUCCAGGCUGAUGUCGUCAAGCUAACCAACGAUCACGCUAACACCAGUUCCACCGUCGACCGGCUGCUGGAGAAAACACGCAAGGUCAGCCGCCACAUCAAGGAUGUCAGGGUGCGUGUGGAGAACCAGAACAUCAGGGUCAAGAAGGUGGAGGCCACUCAGGGGGACCUCCUCGCCAAGAACAAGUUCAGGGUGGUCAUUUAUCAGGGAGACCAGGAGGUGAAAUCUAUCUCACCCGGCAAUGAGCCAGAAGAACCCAGCAGCAGUGGUGCCCGGGCCAGAGCCGAGGUGGAACCCGACAAGUUCGAGCUCCCUCCAGAGUCGGACGAGGAGUACAUGGUGGUGGAGGAGGCAGACUCCUCGGCAGCCGGCCGCGUAAAGAAGACGGGGCUGACGCGCAUCGAGAGCUUCAAAGCCACCUUCUCCAAGGAGAACAUGAGCAAGACCCGCGAGAACCUGGGCACCAAGGUGAACAAACUCGGUGAGCGCAUCGUCACAGCCGAGAGGCGCGAGAAGAUCCGCCAGUCCGGCGAGAGGCUGAAGCAGUCAGGUGAGAGGCUGAAGGAGACCAUCAGCAAGAAUGUUCCCGCCAAGCUCAACCUGAAGAAGGAGAGGACUGUGGCAGAGGGCCAGGAAGGAGCUGAGGGUGUCACAGAAGGAGCUGUACCCGUCCCUCCUCCCAAGGGCCGCAAGAGCAGCCCGCACGCUGCCAGGGCGGCUGAAGACGAGGGCAAAGCGGAGGGAUCUGAGGUGCCGAUGUACGACAUGAAGCAGCUAUCGUAAACCGCCUGACACAAUGAGAUCUGGGCCCUUUCUCUGGACUUCUGAGACCACACAGAGUGAGAGGAAGUUUGUUGGGUUGCUGCACAAAAAAUUAAUAAUUUAAUUAAAAAGUGAAGUUUUUUUGCCGAACAGUUGAAGGAAGCGAGCAGAGAAAAGGCACAGAUCCAAUCAGACUGAACACCAAAAUCCUGAAAGCACGUGUGGUUCUGAACAUUUACCAUCAAAUCCUCAAUAAAUCGAUUCUUUUUGUCUCGUCUUCAAUGAACAGUGACCUGCAAAACAUAUGAACAGGCUUCAGAAGCUCUACACAAAGUUCUUCUGCUCUUCUUUUGCGUGUUGAUGAGACUGAGUUGUUGGAUGAUGAAGCUGUAAUGGGUUUGUUUGGCUCUGGAGGAGGUUGGAAAAAGGGGAGUUUUACACUCAGUGCAGGUGAAAUGGUCACAGGUUACGGCCUGAGGGAACAAUCAGGAAUCUCGAGAGUCCCAAAGUUUGAAAGGAUCAGUUAUAAACACACAAAGCGCAGGGAUGAUGCUGAGAGAUCGAACUAUGAAAAAGCAGUCUUCUCAUUUUAAUGGACAACAACAUCAAAUUUACCAAAGUCAAGCAGCACUUUUGCUGCUUUCUAUCCAUUUGGAGGAUGUGUGGAUGAGUGCUGAGCUUGUAGUGCAAACUGAAAGGAAUGCAGACGUCAGAGCUUCGUGUUCAGCCUCACUCAGAUCCACAGGAAGUGUGACACUGAUGUAAGACAACAUGGCAACCAUGUUUUCUCCUUCCACCAGUGUCGUCACAGGACGAGUUGUAGGAAAUGUCAUUAGUUUGUAAUAUUGUGCGCAGCAGUAGGACUGCAGUCAGUCCAGCUCCUGUUACAUCACAUGUUCAUCAUGAUGCAAGUUCUGGUUUAUGAGUCAGAACCUGUUAAAGUGCAAACAUGAAAACGUGUCAGGAAGAGGAGCUGAUGCAGCCAGUCUGAGUACAUCUGAGUUUCACACAUGCUUUAAAAACAUAUGGAUAUAAAAUUAAGGUCCUCCAAGUUUAUUAACACGUCUAAAAUGGAUUCAUACAUAUAAACAUGACUGUACAAAGUUUGAGUUGUUGUGUUUUUAGCAUUGAUGCAGUGACAGGAUUAAAUGUUCCACACCUGUGGAAACCUCCUCAAAGACAAGUCAGCGAUUCGGUUUUAAAGGACAGCGUUGAGUUUAGCAGCAGCCUCACAGCCUGCUAUAAAACAGGGUGGGACAGCUUUGAGGUGAUGGUGGCUUUUACAGGAAUCUCUGGGCCCAUCGUCUCUCCUCUGUUCUUUGCUCUGAGUAUUUUUGUUCUUAAAAGUUAUUCUAUUAAAGAUUGUUCAAAAAGCAGCACAAUCUGUCUUUUAAUGAAGCUGCCGGCUGAGAGGCGGCUCAGAGGCGGCGCUCUGAUGGCCUCCUGCUGCAGUUUGUGCUGUGGUGUGAAGAGCAGCAAAUUUCUGUGAACCAGGACUGAAGAGUUUAGAGGAAAGUUUGGUGAAAGUUUCCAAUCAAAUAAAUAUGAGUCGAGACAAAGACAAAAUGAUUUCCUGUUAAAACACACAUUUCAAAGUGGCGCCUGACCUUCGAGUGUUACUGGAUUUACUGAUGAUGUUCCCAUUUUCAGUCUUGUGUUUUAAUUGUUUCAUUUGACAGAAAAGCUGCAAACGUGCAAACAAAUAUCUGCCGACUUUCAUCAGGCAAACACACUGAUGAGACGUGCAGAGGGUUGUAGUGUUUGAGCUUGGUACUGAACACACUGUGACCGGAGCCGCCUCAGUGGUAACACAGCAUCAGGCUAAACUUAACGCUGUUCGCUCUGCCAGCGUCUCUGCAGGGUUCCUUUGUUUUGUGGGUGAGUGCGUGCAUGGCUGUAGUCACAGCUGCUUGUGUUUGUCAUCCUGAAAAAAUAAAA